CCAGUCUUCACAACCUUCGGAGUUUGAGCUUGAGUUGCAUCAAAUCCUUGGCGCACUUGAGCACCAGUGAAGCAUUGAUGGCCGAGUUGCAUUCCACUGAACGCGAUCUCACCAUUAGCAUUCAUAGAGUAAGGGACAGUCACAGUGCUGCCACCUUGAGUUGGAAUCUGCAUGAGCUAUACCAACCUAAUAAAGGUAAAUGUAAAGGUAAAGGUAAACCGAAGGACGAUAAGAAAAAGGCAGCAUGUUAUGUAUGUCGCAACGAAGACCAUAUGUCUCCAAAAUGCCCGGACAGACUUCUACCAAAGAUCCAAUGGAAGGAUCCUGAUCAAUAUGUUGAUUAUGGGAAGAAGCUCAAUCUUAACCAGAUUGGAGCAACAGUCCCAGCUACAGUUCCUGGAACUUCUCCAGUGACAAGUAUUAUCACUGGUGGAACAUUGAGUGUUGCAAGAAGCCUUAACACACCUUUACGACUUGCUGGUACUACAGUGCGCCAAGGAUUCGAUGCAACUCCAGCUCGAAGUCCGCAGGUCGUGAAGACUGGCUAUUUUGAUACGUCAAAUGCCUUUCACAAAGCUAUCAAGGGAACGGAUGAGAAUGGCAAUGAUGUCUAUCUUAUUCCAUGUCCUACUGGUGAGACUAAUGUCGAACUUCAAUCCGACUGGCACUAUGCUAGUGAAAAUGAAGACUUACCAGAUCAUGCUACUGAAGCAGAUCAAGUGGUUGCACCAACACCACCAUUUGUAAUGGUGAGCUCAUGCAUGGACUCCGUCAAGCUGAGAAAGAGCUCAAUAUGCACACUAACGUGGGUAGCAGAGUUCUUGAUGAAGAAGGAUUUCUAG